CCCAUCCCAUCCCCUCCCCUCCCCUCCCAUCUCAUCCAUCGGGGCCUUUCUUCUAUCUUAAUCGCAAUAGCCAGUCUCUGGUUUGAUUGCCUUCCCUUUUUCUCUCUUUUCUGCCCCGUUUCGUCCCUUCUUCACCACCCCCUUCACUCUCCAUCAUGCUGGGCGCUUUUCGCCGGUUCGGCGUCGCCCACGCGCUGCGCGCCUCAUCGCGUCCUCUUCUCGCCAGGACCACCCCCCAGCAUGCGCAAUCCCUCGCUCCUUCGGCUCCCGCGAUCUCUCUGACGGCCCGGGCACUGUACCACCCCACGCCAGCCCGCUUCCAGCAGCUCGAGGCCGAGCUGAAGGAAAAUGAUGAGGCCGAAUCCAACGGUCCCGUCCCCUUCGCCGACCUGGAGACCCAGGGCCUGCUCAAUGCCUCAAUCGUCAAUGUUAUCACGAAAAAAAUGAAGAUCACGCACAUGACCGACGUCCAGUCCCAGACGAUUCGGGAUUGCCUGAAGGGCGAUGAUGUCUUGGCUCAGGCGAAAACCGGAACCGGGAAAACACUGGCGUUUUUGACCCCCGUCAUCCAGAACAUCCUUCAAUGUCCCGAUCUCCAGUUGGCGAGCGCCGCUCGCAUGCGCAGAGCAGCCUCUUCCGAUGAUAUCCGCGCCAUCAUCAUCUCUCCUACCCGCGAGCUGGCGGAGCAGAUUUCCGUAGAGGCGAAGCGUCUGACCGAGAGUUCCGGCCUGGUCGUGCAGACUGCCGUGGGUGGUACAAACAAGCGGGAGCAUCUCCAGAGGACUCGCCGCGAGGGUUGUCAUAUCCUGGUCGGCACGCCCGGUCGCCUGAAGGAUCUCCUGUCCGACCCGUACAGCGGCAUUAAGGCUCCCAACCUGACCUCUCUCGUCUUCGAUGAGGCGGAUCGCCUGCUUGACUCUGGAUUUUUCCAGGAGAUCCAGGAGAUCCAGGAGCUCCUCCCCGACCCGACCAAGGUCGACCGCCAGACGCUCAUGUUCUCCGCCACGGUCCCUGACGAGGUCAUGGACGUCGUGCGGAUGACGAUGAAGCCCGACUUCAAGUUCAUCAAGACCGUCCGUGACGAUGAGGCUCCUACCCACCUGCGUGUUCCUCAGAAGGUCGUCUACCUGGACGGCUUCCAGAAUGGACUUCCCGCCAUUCUGGAGCUGGUCCAGACCCACCUGGAGGAGACCGACAAGCCCUUCAAGGGCAUCAUCUACUUCAACUCGACCCUACACACCAGCCUGUCUUGGAAGAUCUUCAGGCGGCUCCACAGUGACCCCGACAGCCCGCGCAGCAAGCACCCUCUUGGCACCAUUCCCCUCUUCGAAAUCCAUGGCCGGUUGACCCAGGCCCAGAGAACUACCGUCACCGAUCGCUUCCGCCGGUGCCAGGACGGAAUCCUCUUCUCCUCCGACGUGACGGCCCGUGGUCUGGAUUUCCCCGACGUCACCCACGUCAUUCAGCUGGGUCUCCCCCGUGAACGCCAGUCCUACAUUCACCGCGUGGGACGGACGGGUCGUGCCGGCAAGGAGGGUGAGGGAUGGAUCUUUGUCCACAAGGGCGAGAUGGCUGCCUUCAAAAAGAUGCUGCGGGACCUUCCCAUCGAAGAAAUCAACACCAACGUGGCCGCCCAGACGAUCAUGGGUGAGGACCUGGACGAGACGUCCCCGCUGGCCUUCCGCCAGGUGAAGGCGUCUGCCGAGUGGGUCGACACGGAUCUGAAGGUGGACGCAUGGAAGGCGUUUGCCAACACGAUUUCGCCCCAGUUCUACCCUCCCGGCGAGGGCGCGGUGGAGGCCCUCAACGAAUUCGCCACUGCCGGCCUGGGCCUGCGGACGCCCCCCCAGCUCCCGUCCAUGGUGCAACAGGUGCUGAUGAACGGCGCCCGGAGACAGCAGAACACCCGCCGCUCCGGUGGCUACGGCUCGUUCAACCGCGGGGGAGGUCGUGAUAACUACGGCCGUUCGAACUUUGGCGGAGGCCGUGGUCGCUCGGAUUACGGCCGUGACAACUACGGCGGUCGUGAUGACUUCGGCCGUGGCGGUGGUCGCUACGACCGUCGCGGCUCUCAGCACGGCUAUGGUGGCCGCGGCCGUCAGGGUCAAAGAAACAACUACUCUCUCUUCUAAACCGAUUCCGGCCAAUCGGUCCCGUCCACCAACUUUGACUCUUCGCUCUUCUGUCGUCUGAAGUCUGAUGGAGGGGGGGGGGGAAGCCUCCACCUGGAGGGAAUCUCGUUUGGCUUAGUUGGCGCGCUUUCUGCUUCCCUUCCCUUUUCUUCUUUUCUUCCCUCCCCCCCCCCUUGGGCCUGGCGAAAGUGGUGUUGAUCUUGUUGGCAUGUAUACUAAAUCGAUACCACGUUCAUAUCGCAUGUUCUCUCUACUCUAGCUAGACAUAUUUGUAAUGAUAUCACACUGUACAAGAAGUCUGGUUUUGUUUGUUUGUUUGGUUGGUUGGUUGGUUGGUUGGUUAAUUGGUUCGUUGGUUGUUGUUUUUUCUGUCAUGUGGCUUGCACUAUAGACUGUCUUGGAUGUUGGUAUUGUUACAAUAUAUUGAUGAUGUGUUUUUGUUCAUCUUGCUACUUUGCUCGUUCCUUGUCAGUC